UCAUCUCGAUCUCAAACAAUGGAGAAUGGAUUGAAAGUAUAGUGUAGGAGGCUUAGUUUGUAGAAAGUGAUAUAAUAACUCUCUUGUAGAAAUGGGGAAAAGAAUGGGUUGAAAGUUGAAUCAAUGGAGAAACUGAGAAAACUUGUUAACGAGAUAGCCUAUACGAAGAACUUCAGUAAACUAUCUCCACUUCAUUUCUCUCUUCUCCCUUUCCUUUAUACAUCAUCUUCUUUCUACAAACUCGCUCUCUCAAUUCGCCACCGUUUCUUUCUCUCUCAAAUCCAUCGUUUGCCACUUCCUGUUAUCAGCGUCGGAAAUUUAACAUGGGGAGGUAAUGGCAAGACGCCAAUGGUUGAAUUCAUCGCUCUCUUCUUUCAUCGUUCCGGAAUUUCACCUCUUGUUCUUUCUAGGGGUUAUGGUGGUGGUGAUGAAGUUAACAUGCUUCGGAGGCAUUUACUUGGAACAUCAACUAAGUUUGGUGUUGGCGCAAAUCGAGCUGCUGUUGCUAGUCAUUUGAUCCAAAAAUAUGGCCACAUUGAUAUUCGCAAGAGUUUAUGGCAUGAGAAACAAAACCUUAACUGGAAGGCCCAUAAUUCUCUUGAUUCAGAAAAGAUUGGGAUUGUUGUUCUUGAUGAUGCAAUGCAGCAUUGGAGCUUAUGGCGAGAUUUGGAUAUUAUGAUGGUCAACGGAUUAACUCUUUGGGGUAACGGCCGACUACUGCCACUUGGACCUUUAAGAGAGCCUUUGACUGCACUCAGACGAGCAGAUGUAGUUGUAAUCCAUCAUGCAGACUUGGUUUCUGAUCAUGCUCUCGAGGAUAUUGAGUCUAUGAUCCAAGGAAUUAAAAAUUCUGCUCCUAUUUUCUUGACAAAAAUGGAUCCAACUUACUUAUUUGAAGUGGGAAACAUCAAUGCUAAAAUAUUGUUGACAGCUCUUCAUGAAGCGACUAUUUUAUGUGUUUCCGCUAUUGGUUCUCCAGAACCUUUUGUGAAGCGGGUUCAAGAGAUGGGAGCACUAUAUGUUGAUCGGAUAGAUUUCAGCGAUCAUCACAUAUUCCAUGCCAGGGAUAUUGGUAUGAUCAGAGCCAGACUUGGAGAACUAGAGAGGAAGUUUGGUUUCAAACCAAUUGUUGUAGUAACUGAGAAGAGACUAAUCCCUAAAGUUGGGCAACACCACAAUGGACAGCGAAACUCUCUCUCAAGAGAACUUAGCACUGCUGUGUGUUUAGAGCUGAGUUCGAAUCCAAGACCUCUGGUUAAGUCAGAAGAGAUUCCUUACCAUAUUAUCAAAUUGUUGAUGGGUAUAAGAGUUUAUAGUUUCCUGAUGCAUUUUAAGGAGACAAAAGAAUUCAUAGUUUAUAGUUUGCAUUUUAAGGAGACCAAAGAGUUUAUAGUUUACUAAUGCAUUUUAAGGAGACAAAUUUUCUGUAAUAUCUAUUCUCUUUAUAGGUACCAUUAACUAUCGAGUUUGAUUGGAGACAAUCUCUUCAAAGUCAUAACUGUAACAGAACGAUAGAGAGAUAGCAAAGUUAAUACACAACACAACCUUGCAUUUGGUUUCUACUUUCUCUUUC